CUUGUAGUCAUGCCUGCAGACGCACCCCCCGUCAAAGCGGCCAAGAAGGGCUCCAAGAAAGCCGUCGCUAAGACCGCCAGCAAGACCGGCAAGAAGAGGAGGAAGUCCAGGAAGGAGAGCUACGCCAUCUACGUGUACAAAGUGAUGAAGCAGGUGCACCCCGACACCGGCAUCUCCUCCAAGGCCAUGGGCAUCAUGAACUGCUUCGUGAGCGACAUCUUUGAGCGCAUCGCCGGGGAGGCCUCCCGUCUGGCUCACUACAACAAGCGCCGCACCAUCACCUCCAGGGAGAUCCAGACCGCCGUCCGCCUGCUGCUGCCCGGAGAGCUGGCCAAGCACGCCGUGUCUGAGGGCACCAAGGCCGUGACCAAGUACACCAGCUCCAAGUAAACCCUGAUAGACCGACAACACAACGGCUCUUUUGAGAGCCACCCAACCCAUCCAGAGAGCUCCUCCUGAUUUACUGAAACUACCAGAAAUGAAAUUAACUUAUUACACUAAUGUUGCUCACUUGUAUACAGAGUGCUUGGAAGGAGCCACCCACCACUCGAUCAACUAUAAGAUCCCUUCCUGUUCUAAUUAAGGUUUUCUAGAAAGGAAACCCUUUAUCAAAUGGGCCUUGUGCUUUGUUUACAGUCAUAAAGCUCAGAGGAGAAGUCCCAUCUCAGUAUAUCUAAAUAUUAUUCACAUGGCAUCCUAAAUAUAUAGUUUCCAUUCAUGCCCAUUGUUUACAACUCUCAAAUACUAAAAAAAACAAUCCAAGUACAUUCUGAAAUAUAAUCAAGUACUCUCACAAAUGUGAAUAUUUACUAAAAUCCUGCAUUUAUAUAAAAAGUUAUCAAAAAAUUAAUUGUUAAAUUUCACAACAAUGUCACCAAGUCUUAAAAGACGGGCUCAAAUUAAACUUUAAUUAUGUAAGAUAGUUGAUGAAAUUCACGUUAUUUCUCAUUACAUUUGGGAAGCCAACACUAUGGAAAAC